AGCCUUAAUGGAGGCACCACCAAAUAAAUAGAGCCUUCGUCGAUCAUCACAUCAUCUUCAAUUCUUCGCGAUCUCUCGCGCUCUCUGCUGUUGAUUUCUGGACCGUUUAGAGUUCGAUCGACGAAAACCCUAGCUUUUUUGGCGGGAAAAUGUCGGGAAAAGGAGCGAAAGGUUUGAUUACGGGGAAGUCCUCUUCUGCCCUAAACGGAGCUAACAAAGACAAGGACAAGAAGAAGGCAGUCUCUCGCUCCUCUCGCGCUGGUCUCCAGUUCCCUGUGGGUCGGGUUCACCGACUUCUGAAGACAAGGGUUUCAGCGAACGGAAGGGUUGGAGCAACUGCUGCUGUAUAUACAGCAGCAAUAUUGGAGUAUCUGACUGCAGAAGUGCUGGAGUUAGCAGGAAAUGCAAGCAAAGAUCUGAAGGUAAAGCGCAUAACACCGAGACAUUUGCAGCUUGCAAUUCGGGGAGAUGAAGAACUUGACACCCUAAUCAAAGGAACCAUUGCUGGUGGUGGAGUUAUCCCACAUAUCCAUAAGUCACUCAUCAACAAAUCUUCGAAGGACUAGUUCUUUUUGACAUUUUACAUUUUAGUUAAAUCUGUGUGUGCUUUGAAACUUUGAAAACAAUGUAUGACAAAUAUCAAGAAAACCUGAAUUAGGAAGAUACUCCGUACUUGUUCUGUAUUCUCUCGUCUGCUUUGGUGAAUUCUCAUAUUCCUUUGAAGAUAUUUUUUUUUUAGCAGUGAAAUGUCAUAUUCUGCAUAUAA